AUGGGUUACGAUUCUCCAAGAGGAGGAAGAGGCGGAGGAGGUUAGUUUUCAUAUUUUAAGGCUUUGAUUAAACUUGCAAAUUAAGGUUUCCGUGGCGGACGCGGAGGAUUUGGCAGUGGCGGCGAUAGAGGACGAGGUGGAUUCCGUGGAGGAGAUAGAGGAAGAUCUCCAGGUGGUUUCCGUGGCGGUCGUGGGGGAUUUAGUGAUAGAGGACGCUCUCCAGGAGGAUUCAGAGGCGGAGACCGAGGACAUUCACCGGGAGGACGUGGCGGAUUCAGAGGCGGAGAUAGAGGACACUCACCUGGAGGUCGAGGAGGAUUCAGAGGAGGUGACAGAGGUCAUUCACCAGGAGGUCGUGGUGGAUUCGGAGGAGAUCGAGGAAGAUCACCAGCUCGCGGAGGUUUCGGCGGAGGUGACUCUGUCGGACGUCGUGGAAGAGGAGAUUUCACACCACGUGGCGGUAGAGGUGGAUUCACUCCACGCGGUGGAUUUGAACAGAGAGGCGGUCGUGGACGAGGAGGUUUCACACCAAGAGGCGGUCCACGUGGCGGUUUUGGGGAUAAGAGACGGUCUUUCGGUGGAGACGAUGAAGAUGAAGAUGAAGAGGUCGAAAUCCCAGAGAAAAAAGCCAAAUCUGCUGCAAAUACACCAAAGAAACCAGUGCCAGUAGAAGAAUCAGAUGAAGAGUUUGAUGAAGAAGAUGAGGAAGAAGAGGAGAGUGAUUCUGAAGAAGUAGCAGCACCAGCAUCUGCGAAGAAAGUUGCAGUCAAAGCAGCUGCUGUAGCAGAAGAUUCGGAUAAUGAUGAAACUGAUGACGACGAAGAGGAAGAAGAAGGUAUUAUUUUAAAAAGAAAACUUACAAAAAUAAAACGACAUAAUUCCAAAUGAAAUGUGUUCAUUGUUCGUCAUUAAAAGAAUACAUUGUUUGUUUUGGAACAAAAUAUAAAACAUCAUUAGAACAGAAAUAUUUAUAUUGAUUUUCAGGAUCAGAUGAUGAAGAUGUUGCUCCACAAAGUAAACGACAAAUUUUGAACUCGGCUCAUGCUGCUUUGGUUGAAGACGAAGAAGAAGAUGAAGAUGAGGAGGAUGAAGAAGAAGAGGAUGAGGAGGACGAGGAAGAAGAAGAGGAGGAUGAAGAGGAAACCGAACCAGUUGUCUCAAAAACUCCAGCUCUCAAAAGUUCGUUGAAAACAGCCGAUUCCACAAAAGGAAAACACGUAGAUAUCGCUUCUGCUGCAACUCCGGUGACUGCUUCAAAAAAGACACCGGCAACACCUCAUCCAGUCAAAACUCUCAAGAAUGGUGAGAAAAAUGUUGCUACAUUGAAUUUUGACGACGACAGCGAUGAAGAAGACGAAGAUGAAGAGGAGGAAAUUGACGAGGUAUUUAAUUGUGAAAACUAAAUUUGAAAGAGUGUAACAAUUCUCAAAAUCAUAUAUAUUUCAGGACGAGGAAGAAGAAGAGGAUGAAGAUGAUGUUCCAGUUAUCAAAUCCAAAGCCGAUCUUCUCAAAGCUAUUGCAGCGAAUCGGGCCGCUGCUCAACAAGCAGAAGAUAGUGAUGAAGAAGAGGAUGAGGUAUGUUGUAGAUUUUUUACAUUUCCAGUGCUCAAAAUAUAAUUUUGUUUAUUUGCAGGAAGAUGAAGAAGAUGAGGAGGAGGAGGAAGAAGAGGACGAAACUCCGGUCGCAAAGCCAACUCCUGUAAAAACACAAAGUCUUUCUCAAAUAGCUGCUCAAAUUGGUGACGAUAGUGAUGAAGAAGACGAAGAGGAUGAAGAAGAAGAAGAGGAGGAGGAUGAAGAAGAUGAAGAGGAGGAAGAAGAGGAAGUCGUUCCAGUCGUAGCCAAGAAACAACCGGUUGCCAAAGUUCAGGAAAAAGUUGCGGGUAACAAGAGAAAGAUUGAAGAGCCAACUCCAGUUGUAUCGAAACAACCGAAGAAAGCGGUUAGUUUAUUAGACGAUAAUCUUAUUUUUAUCGAGAAUUGUUUUUUUUUACAGGAAUCUUCGGCUAUUGUUAGUGAAGAAAUUAGAAGACGAAACGACAGAGAUGAAAGAUCUUUGUUCGUGAAGAAUAUUCCACAUAAGGCUAAAGACGAAGAGAUUCUCUCACUUCUCACUGGUGUUGAUUCGUUCCGCCGGAAGAAGCACGCUAAUUUCGGGUGGAUCGUUUUCACUUCAGCUGCUGAUUGCGUUAAAGCACACGGAAUUUUGUCGAAGACUAAACUGAAGACCGUAGCAUUGUUUGUUGAUUUUUGCGGUUCGAAAUCGGCUAAUGCGACAUCAAGUAUGUUUUAUGUUUCAAUAAAAAACGAUGCUCAUCUUUUUUUCAGAAGAAAAUUGUGAACGACCAAUCAAUCCACUUCAAUUGUUCAUCAACGCUCUUCCAGGCACUGCCACAGUAAAUGAUUUGAAAGUUAUUUAUUCAUCUUCAACUGAUAUCAAAUUUCUCCAUCCACGAUCUAAUCCAACAUCGAAACGGUCAGUUUUAUCACAAUUUCAUCAUUUAUCAAUAAAAAUUUUUGCAGAAGCGCAUUCAUCACUUUCGGAUCUGAAGCUGACGCGAAAAACGCAUUCGACAAAUCUCGUGGUUUGAAAAUCAAGGAGCAAUUGGUCGAUGUUUUCUUCGCCAGACAACAAGAAAAUCAACAAGCGAAAACAAACAUUCAACCAAAAUCGAAAGCUGCACCACCAAAGAAAGCAGCUGCUCCAGUAGUUGCUGAUUCAGAUGAUGAUAGUGAAGAUGUUGCAUCAAGUGAUGAAGGAAUCGAAGAAGUCGAAGAACAAGUUCCAAAAAAGAAGGUUCUCGUGAAAAAAGCUCCAGUUCAACAACAAAAGCCAAUUGCACGAGUUCAACAAUCGAAUAAACCUCAAUUCAAAGGUGGCAAACGAGGUGGAAGAAGAUAA